GGUGGUAAAUCCAGAAGAAGAGGAAAGAACGACACUGAAAACGAUAAGCGUGAACUUGUCUUCAAGGAAGAAGGCCAAGAAUAUGCUCAAGUUCUCAAGAUGUUGGGUAACGGUCGUGUCGAAGCUCAAUGUUUCGAUGGUGUUAAACGUCUAGCACUUAUUCGUGGUAAAUUACGUAAGAAGGUUUGGAUUAACCAGGGUGAUAUUGUCUUAUUGUCCUUGCGUGAUUUCCAAGAUGAAAAGGCCGAUGUCAUUCAACGUUACAACCCUGAUGAAGCCAGACAAUUGAAGUCAUACGGUGAAUUACCCGAUACCGCCAAGAUUAACGAAACCGAUAACAACUUUGGUGGUGAAGAAGACGACGAAGUUGAAUUCGAUUUUGAUAUUGAUGAUGUAAGCUUUAUAUUACUCUUUAUUAUACUCUUAUUAACUUUUUUAUUCUCUUGA